CUCAGAAUAGACAGAAGAGGCGCCAGAAGAUAAGUACAUUAGGGGUUGAUACGUGCUACGUCAGACAGACGUAGGCGGGACGAGAACUGCCAGACAGUAUAUCUGGAUCCUGUUUCCCGGGUAUGGGUGUGAAGACGUCAGGGGUGGCCCGGAUGUUCUCUAUACAAGUUUGUAAUGCUGAGAGUCGCCACGGAUUUUUUAAGUGAACAUGGUGUUGUUUGUUCUUGUCAUCAGCUUCUCUUGCAUUCUGCGUGCAGGAGCAUUGCCAGGCUGCUCAUCGCCGUGUCUCAAUGGCGGCACCUGCUUACGUUCACUCGGCGAAUGCGUGUGUGUGGAGGGAUGGACAGGGGCCUACUGCCAGUCACGGGAGACAGUCUGCCCACAUGGCUAUUAUGGCGUCAACUGUCUCAAGCCGUGUGGGAGAUGCAUCGGGAACACGGUCUGCAACUGGGUCACGGGCAACUGUACCAGCGGCUGCGAAGAGGGUUCCUACGGGUGGCGAUGCGAAGAGUCGUGCGGGGAGUGCCGGGGUGGGCCGGCGUGUGAACAGGCCACGGGGCUGUGUGAUCAGGGCUGUGAGCUCACCUACUACGGCACUACCUGCAAACUGCGCUGCAACUGCAGCGACGCGAGGCCCUGCGACCAGACCACCGGCGCCUGCAGCGCUUGUGAUGAAGGCUUCUAUGGUGCCGUGUGCAAACGUCGCUGCGGCAACUGCAGGUCUUUGGCCAAGUGUAACCCCAGGUCCGGGAUCUGUGAGACUGGGUGUCAUGAUGGAUAUAGUCCUCCUUACUGCAAGCGACGUAUUUCGGUCACGCCACGCUCACCCCAGAUAACUACAUCCCUUCCAUGGUGGAAAACUCCGCAGAUUAUGAUCCCCCUUGGUGCAGUCUACGGCCUGCUUAGCGGCAUCUUCCUCUGCUGCUGUUUGCCCAGGAUGUGCAAGAGGAACCCACUUGUCCUCAGUGCGCUUGCUGCUGUUUCCUUCACCACUGAGAGCACCUCCUCGUCGUCCUUUCUUCCAGCUACCGACCGCUUUCUCCGCUGCGUCGUUUCCCGGUGUUCGCCGAAGUCUGGCACUCGUGAAAAGAUUGAGGGACAUCGUUGGGACACGUGCGUCAUCCAGCAACACAACAGCACCGGGGGAAUCUGGAGGCUGUGCUGCAGAGGGGAUGAUUAUGCACGAAGGGAGACUUAAAUGGAACCUGCGGGAAUUGCCUACCUUUGCGUCCAUGAUGGAGACGCAGUUAGGACAGGUCUGCCAGGGACGAAGCCACUGCAGCUGCCAAGUAAAUCCGGCAACAGAAAGCAACCAAUCUUCGUGGUCGUUCGACUUCCUGCAGGCUUAUGAGGAAGGUUCAAGACCCAGACCGCAGACCCCUGUUCCAAGCGUCUUACAGACUGAGCAAGUCUCCACUAGUGGACGCUGCUGUGUACCCCAUGUUAACCCAGCGUUUGACAGCAGCACCGACGGUUCUGUUUGUACCGCUUGCGAAGGAGAUCCUUGAGUGACUUAGAUAAGACUGACGACCCACCACCACCCUAUGAACUCGUCGCGAGUCUUUCAUCUUUAUCUCAGGAAACCAAAGGCGAGACCCGCUUCUCUGCUGAACAACUUCGUUGCCUGAGGCCGUGGUCAUGAAACAGAGGUAACGUUACCCUCGGGUUAGCGCUGCGGGGGUCCUGGAAAGAGUCGCGGAACUAGAAGGUCGGCUGACAAUUUAAAGCUCCUAUCUUUCCCUGCACCAUCCACCUCCCCCGUGGGUUCCACACUUGUAGUUCAGAGGGAUUGCUAUGGAUGUAGGCACUGAGGGGACGUAAAGCAAAUCCAGGAGUAUUGGGAAAAUAUUUGCUUAAUAACAACUCCUGUUCAUGAAGGAAGGAUAAAUGAAGAAGUAAAAUGGGAAAUCAAGGAUAAACUUCUUGUCUCCAAAGCUAGUAUGCAUUACUUAUAACCUAUAGAUACUGUUUUCUGUGACUUUAACUGUGGUCCUAGAGGUAAUGCAACACCUCAGAGUCUAGACACCCGCUUGAUAACUUCGGAGACAAGACGCUUGCCCUUGAAGCUUUUUAUUUUUACGAGAAAGCGGGCUAUCAAUCUAGUUUUUUUUUUUUUUUUAUCUGUACUGUUGAAUUUAUUCUCCAAUACCUCGAUUUAAGUGGACUCAGGACUAAUCAGACAAAUUUAAGAAUCACAGGAAGGUAGAUGUUUGUCUGGAGGCACAAAAUAUAUACAGAAAGACUGUAAACUCUGUGAUUGUGAGAAUGUUGGAGAUGAAUUUCAUUAUGCCCUUCACUACAGGAAAUGUAUGAUUAAACGUAAAAUUUCAUAAUCUCGUAUUAUAUAAACUAGCCAACUUCAUUUCAUUACUAUUUAAAAGUUUGACAUUAAAAUAUCAGCAUUUCUGUUUGUCAUAUAAAUAUACAUUUCAUAUCUAUGGUGAUGAUGUUUACAAAGGGUGAUGAUGUGAAAUGAUAGAAGAAAGAGAGACUGAGUAUAUGAGAGCUACAGAGAGAGAAAUGGCAGUGACAAUAGAUAUUGUGAAAUAAAAAUAUUGUUGAAUGAUAAAAAGAAAUACUAUUUGAAAUUAGUGAUGAAUGGAGAUAUUAUUAUUAUCAUCAUCAUCACCACCAUCAUCAUUGAUUUCCUACGGGACAACGCCACUCUCACUUUAUAAACAGUCCCUGGGGUUUGUGUACCACUUCACACCAUUGCCUCGCCGGUUGCGGUAACCCGGACCUCUGUCAAAUACGCUCUACCCACCCACCAUACUGGUUGUUGAUUUAUUCAGAGAUCAGAGGAAAGUAAACAGGAUUUACCCUAUGGCUAUUGUAGGCUAAGGGACCCUUUUACUUUAGAGCCUCAUGCACUUUUCUCAAGGGUGUUUGUUUCCUUUUUUUAAAAAAUACACAAGUGGCCUUUCUCAUGUUUGAAGUAUUAGACG